CGGCAGUGCGCCAAUAAGGGUGAACGGAGAGAAGAGCUGCUCUCUACACACUGGCACAUGAAGAUGAGGAGGAAAGUCGCGGCGUUCCUCAGCCUCAUGAACACGCUGUUAGCGUUAACGGUGCGCUGAUCUGCUUUUGACCUUCACUCAUAGAUGGAAGCACAAGGAAGAGUCAGGAUCCACUUGUCACAAGACGAAAUCGAUCUUUCAUAGCAAUGGGGAAUAGUGCACCCAAACCGCUUACAGUAGAUGCAAACCUACAGCACCGCCCUGUGGCUAGCCGCCAGUAUUACAUACUUCCUCAUGGCACAGUGGAUAGGCGAUCAUCUGCGUUGGCUGUUAAUCUGGAGUCUCCGCGCUUUCACCCUCACACCAAGGGCAAGAACAUUCGUCUGGAUGCACAGCUGCGACGUGCCACACGCAAGAACAGCUUCUGCCAUGGCCUGACAUUCAGUCAACGGCCCAUACGUCUCUACGAGCAGGUGCGAUUGCGGCUGUCAGGGGUGCACUCAGGCUGGAGCGGCGCACUACGCUUUGGCUUCACCAGUCUAGACCCAGGCGAGCUUGCCUCAUCUGACAUCCCUAAAUACGCUUGCCCAGACCUGGUGGCACGGCCUGGAUACUGGGCCAAGGCUCUGCCUGAGAGACUGGCUGCGAGGGACAAUGUGCUGGCUUUCUGGGCUGACCGGCAUGGACGUGUCUUCUACACGGUGAACGAUGGUGAGCCUGUACUAUUCCAUUGUGGGCUGAGUGCUGCACGUCCACUCUGGGCAAUCAUAGACAUCUACGGCAUCACACAGGAGGUCACACUGCUUGAAAGCACGUUUGCUGACAGUACAAGCUGCCUGAGCGUGGCACGUCUGAGUGCCUACCUGCCUCCAAGCAACCAUGACUCAGCCAACUAUAGCAACAACCAGUUGGAGAGCAACCAGGCUGCGAAAAUGGCUGCCUUGCACCUCAGCAGCUCCACACAGCUGAGCCCCUGCUGCUCCACCUCUUCCUCCUCAUCCUCUUUCAGUGUCCAAAGGUUACCCUCUACCCGUGGCCUUCCCUCUACACUUGAUGCUGACCUGCGCUUUCACCCUGUGCGUGGUGCUGAUGUGCUUCUGUCCAGUGACCGUGCUAUGGCCUGCGUCCACUCCCCAGAUAGUAUUCGGACUUUGGUGUUCAGUGACAGGCCCAUAAGACUUGGUGAGACUAUGUUUGUGGAGGUGAGUCACAUGGGCCCACCUUGCCUUGGCAUGCUCCUGUUUGGCAUGACUUCAUGUGACCCGGGCACAUUGCAUGCUGCAGAGUUGCCCGCUGAACCUGAUGCUCUCCUCGAUCGUAAGGAGUACUGGGUGGUGCACCGUGGGCUACCUGCAAAUGCACCUGGUGACGUGCUCAGCUUCACACUUCUGCCUGAUGGAGAGGUGCAUCAUGGGAUUAACGGGGUAGCACGUGGACGCUUGCUUUGUGUCGACUCUUCUCAGGCUCUUUGGACCUUCUUCGCUCUGCGUGGUGCCAUCUACCGACUCAGGAUAUUAGGAACACUACUGGCAAGUCCAUCAACCUCUCCUUCUGUAUCCCAUGGCACAGCAUCUGAUGACAGUGACUCUGACCUAACUUUUAGUGUCAACAGAUCCUCAUCUGCCUCUGAGUCCUCGCUGGUUACAGCCCCCAGCUCUCCUCUCAGUCCCCCUGUCUCACCCAGCCUCGCCUUCCCAGAGACUCCACUGAUCAGCAAGUGUGGUGAAUGCACAGUGUGCUUCGAUCAGGAAGUGGACACUGUCAUUUACACAUGUGGACACAUGUGUCUCUGUCAUGAGUGUGGCCUCAAGCUAAAGAAACAGAUCAACGCUUGCUGCCCGAUUUGCCGGAGACCCAUCAAGGAUGUGAUCAAAACUUACAGGCCAUGAGAAGACACAAAACUCUAAAAGCAGCUGAGAUCCAGCUUUUUAUUCUGAACUGAAUUUGAUUUCAGUACUGUUCUGUAGCUUUGACUCCUGUAGCGUAACCUCACUCUGUGUCCCCAACCCUAAUUCGACCACCCGCCCUGACCCCUAAUAUAAACCCACCACUUCCGAGGCCCAAUCCAGAGGCAGUGGAACAACGCGAGGUUUGUCUGAUGCUUGCUCAAACAUUUAUCAGUGCCUUUGACAUUUGUCUCUAAAGCAUCGCCUACCAACCUGACAAUCAUAUUUGAUAAAAUGAGGUAUACAGGAUAUAUGACUUUUAUCAGAUGGACACUAAGAGGCUUGUUUGAGUAAUGAAACUAACAGAUGUAAACAGAUACAAAAUUUAUAAUUAUUUUGGUUUGAUAUUUUAAAAAUAAAUGCGUUCCCAAUUGUGGAAAAUAAUAAAUGAAAUCCAUUCAUAUGUAUAGUGAAAAAUGAGAGGACAUUUAUUGCACUUAACUAAGUAAACUAUAUCUGCAGAAAGAUAGCCUCUGAAGACAUUUCUCAAAAAAUAAAUAAA